AUGGCAACUGCAAGACCAGACGUUUUUAAGAAAUAUUUGGAGCUGGAACAACCGGCCGACCAGGUGUUUUGUACUUACGUGUUCGUCGAUGGUACAUUGGAGAACGUGAGAUCAAAGAUGAGAGUACUCAACUACGAACCACUAUCACCCGAAGAGUGCCCGAGGUGCACGUUUUGUGGCAAGGGCACUGACCAGUGGCCGGAUGCGGACGUUGACUCUGAACUGUACCUGUCCCCAAUAGCUCUGUUCAGGGAUCCCUUUUUCAAGGGCCGGAACAAGCUGGUUCUCUGCGAAGUUCUCAACUCGGACGAUCAAUUGAACGAGAACUAUUUUUAUGCGGUGGGUUCUGAAAACGUUGCCGGCCGGCAAGUUGCGGACGCACACGUCAAAGCGUGUUCAUACGCCGGAGUCAAGCUUUACGGCUCCAACGGCGAAGCCGUCAUCUCACAGUGGGAGAACCAGAUCGGGCCUUUGCCUGGCGUGGAGGCGGGCGACCACCUCUGGAUGUCCCGCUACAUUCUGCAGCGAGUGGCCGAGGACUUCGACGUCGUAGUAAGCUUCGAGCCACGGCCAUUUAAGAACUACAAACUGCCGGGUGGCGCGGGUCACAUCAACUUUAGCACCAAGUCGUCCCGAAGUGAAGGAGGCCUUGAUUGGAUCAACAAGGCUAUCGCCAAGCUAGAACUCACUCACGAGCUCCAUCUGGCAGCAUACGAUCCCAGAAAGGAUAAGUCCAACGAAGAGUGGCUGAAAGGCGAUCGACUGGCUACUCCCCAACGCCAGUUUUCUGCUGGCGUCGCCAGCAAGAACGUGUGCGUGCGCGUGCCCCGACAGACUCAGGUGGCUGGUCGAGGAUUUCUCGAAGACCGCAGGCCGGGCGCCAACGUGGAACCUUACCGAGCCAUGCAAGCUCUCGUUCAAACUCUGUGUUUGGUUGAAUAAAGCUUCCUCGGAUUCAGUUCCC